GGAGCGCCGGGCCCUCGCCGUGAUGGCCGCCCAGUGUGCACACGGCAGUGGCCAGGAACGGACGCUCUAACCUGCCAGGCCAUGAUUGCACCUGAACCAUCGUGUUGAUUUCGACGCUAGAAGACAGAUAGUUGCCAAACAGAAAACAAAAAAAGUGAAACAGUGAUUUUUUAAAGAAGUAUACAACAGUCGAAAUAUUAAAACAUAAAUCAAUCAAUCAUUCAUUCAUUCAAAAAGUGACACACCAAUUUGACCCAAGAUGUUCUGCAGAAAAUGGGUAAUUAUUAGUCACGUGAUACGGUAAACUUCUGUAAAAACAAACGGAUUCUAGAAAGUUGUCUUACCUGUGAAAUACAUCAAAGGCCUUCGGACGGUCGAUAAGUGCGUGUUGGUGCUUUACCUGUCAUUAAUAAGGAAGUUCCUGGAUCACUAAAGCCAACGACAGCCCGACUCGCCAUGGCGCCCCAGCACCAGGCCUCGCCCUCCGCCGCCCCUGCUCCGUCCGCGCCGCCCUUGCCCUCCACGUCUGCAAAUCCGCCGUCAGCAUGCCAGGACGACGUGAGCGUGGAAGGCGGCGGCGGGUGCGGCUCCCCUGGCGCAUGCGCAGGAGACCAGGCCUUCUCGUCCAAGUGCGCCAUGAGACACAUCCUGGUCCUGAUGGGCUUCCUAGGCAUUGUCAACAUCUACAUGCUUCAGCUGAAUCUCCUGGUGGCGCUGCCGGUCAUGGUCAACCACACGGCGCUCGACGGGAAGGACUACGCCCCGAGUAUGGGCUUCCAGCCGGUGAUAAUGGCGGACGGGCCCAUGGGGUCGCGGGGGAGUGAGCCCAACAACGGCUCAGCCUCCGACGCCAGCGCGAGGCCUCCCGGCCGGAACGUCAUCGGCCACGGCGACGUCCUGAGAACCGGGAAAGUCGCCGGCAUCUACCACACGGUCAAGGGCGAGGACGUGCCUCCGGAAGUAAGGUACGGCGAGCCUGCCAUUGAUGAGCUGUUAGAUCAGAUGGACAAGACGGCAGCAUCCGCCUCCCUAGCCGUUGGGGGGGACGAGGUGAUCACCGUCGUCCCUCUUGACACGGACGCGCUCAACCCCUCUGAUGAGCUGUUCGCCGAAACCACGGUGCUCGCUGAUGAUUCUGUAGAUUCCAUUACAGAUGUCAUGCCAAGCGACUUCGCCUCAACAGUUCCUUCUGUUGCUACAAAUGAGAAGAAAGAACCUCGUAUGAGGACGUUUGACGAUCUCGAAGAGGAUGUUACUGAGAGCGCGAAUGAUGUCACGACAAUAGAAGAUGAUGUUUUGCCUUUGCUAAAAGAUCUUCCUUCGACUUCUCCUGAUGGCUUUACUCUGAGGCCUCCCAGUGACGUAAUAACUCCACCUGCACUAGUAAAUACUCAAGGAACAACCCAGUUACGUUUGGAGGAAACCACAAGCAUUUCCCCUGAAGAAGUGGCUGUUACCAUCCUAAGUACAUCAGCAGAAUCAAACCCUCAGAUUGAAGUCGUUACCUUGGAAGGCGUCACACCCACGGCCCUCCCCCGACAUAGCACUCCCUUGUCAAACACUGAAGCAAAGACAACUUCAUCAACUCAGAAAUCUAUAACUCCAGCCAUCAAAUCUACAACCCCAAUCUCCAAAUCUACAACUCCAGGCACUACUGAUUCUACCAGUGCCACCCAAAGUUCUCUUGUUCCAACCAGCGCUGCUACAGUAGCUACUUCCCAACUCGAUACAACUUCAACAGUCAGCACUCAGUCUACGACCCCACAAGCCAUCCAUGUAGCAGUUACAGUUCCUCUCAGUGCUGUUUCAACCAACUCACCCACAGAAAACACCCCAACAACCUCCUCUCAGCUUACAACAACGCAGAUAGAUGCGAAAACUUCAAAGGUACUUUCAGAGACGCCCCAGACCACUACAACAGAACAGAGUGAUACAACAACACCAUUCAGCAUUCCUCCUCAAACUACUCUAAGUCAAACCGAUACUACAACUCUCUCUGAAAUUUCUUCAGACGCGCCCAAGACCUCUUCAACAGCUCAGAGCCCCAUCGAGACGUCGUCAGGCAUUCCUUCUCCGGCAGCGACAACAACCCAGAGAGCAACAACAGCUUCAUCCAGUGCUCCUUCCCGGUCUGCUGUUCCAGGCGAGGCAACAACAUCCCUUCAUUUGGUAUCUGAACAGACGACUACGACUCAAGCGAGUACUCAGAGCAACACUCCACCGCAAACUAGUUCUGGAACGACCCCCACCACACUAAGCAACCCAGUCACGCCCCAGUUCUCAUCCUCUACUUCGGCCACGACCUUUGAUGACGCGCCCAGCUCCUCUCCAUCACCGGAUGAGGCGAAGGAAAUAAACAAGAGAUCUGUCGAUGACAAGCACCUCCUCUCCGAGAACAACAGCAACGAGAACCCUUGCACUGACACCGAGCACUGCCAGCCGGGCAAAGGGCACGACGAGCCCACGAAGAAGAAGGCGCCCGAAGAUACGCCGGCGACGCAGGCAGAGACGGGGGCGCCGAUUCAGGAAGAACCUCUGACUCAAGGGGAACCCGUGACUCACAAAGAACCUCUGGAGGGCGUGCAGGACGUCACGGCGGAAGCGGGCGACGGCAAUGUUACCCUCGACGACGGCAACAUCUCCCAAGGAGACAACUUAUCCCUUGCUGAUGGCAACACAACUCUUGUCGACAGUAAUUUCACCCUCGCCGACAACUCCACCUUCGCCGAUGGCAACUCCACCUUCGCCGAUGGCAACUCCACCUUCGCCGAUGGCAACUCCACCUUCGCCGAUGGCAACUCCACCUUCGCCGAUGACAACUCCACCUUCGCCGAUGGCAACUCCACCUUCGCCGAUGGCAACUCUAUCUUCGCCGAUGGCAACUCCACCUUCGCCGAUGGCAACUCUAUCUUCGCUGAUGGCAACUCCACCUUCGCCGAUGGCAACUCCACCUUCGCCUAUGGCAACUUCACCUUCGCCGACGGCAACUCCACCCUCUUGGACGAAGACCUCAGCUACGAGUGGAUGCUCUCCGCGGAAUUGGACGACGGCAACAACGAUGCGAACUUCACUGACAGCAGUUCUUCUUCGUCCUCCAGCUCCUCGUCCUCCAGCUCCUCCUCGAGCGAGUCCCUGGAGAGCCUCGAGGGAGGAUCGUCGUCGUCGAGCGAGGAGGACAGCGACGAGAGCGACGAGAACUCGAGCAACGAAGGGCGAGAGUACUUCUCGGGCGAGGUGUUCGACGCGGCGCUCAACGGCAGCGGCGCCUGGAGGACGGACGAGGACGGCCGCUGGUACAGACUCCGUCAUCGCAACGAGUCUGAGGAGAGCGACGAGGACGAGUCCCUUGAGGACGACGAUGACGACGACGAGGAUGAGGACGACGACGAUGAAGAUGAGGACGACGACGACGACGAUGAAGAUGAAGAGGAUGAGGAUGAGGACGAAGAUGAAGAUGGAGAGGAGGAAGACGAAGGGGAGGAAGAUGAGGAGACGGAAAAAGAGAGUUCAAACGGGGAGAUCAGACUGGCCGGCUACAAGAUCCCGUCGACGGUGUGCUUCGAGCCCAGGAUGGUGGACCGAACCAGCGUGGCCGAGACCGCUUUUCAGGACCACAGGGGCGGCGAGUUCAAGUGGGAGGCCGAGCUGCAGGCGCGGAUCCGAGCUGGCUUCUCGUGGGGCUUCCUCCUGACGCAGCUGGUGGGCGGGAGGCUGGCCGGCAUGAUCGGGGGCAAACUCCUGUUCCUCAUGGGCGCUUCCAUGGCCGCGGUGCUCACUAUCCUCACGCCCACGGCCGCCCACAUCGGUCCGUAUUGCCUCCUCGCUGCUCGCAUCAUGGUCGGCGCGGCGCAGGGCGUGUGUGUCCCGGCCAUGCAAGCAGUUUUGGCCCAGUGGGCGCCGCCGAUGGACCGCACUGUCAUGGUUGCGUACACGUACUCUGGCUUGGCCGUCGGCGCCGCGCUCGGAGGCCCAGUGUCGGAGUGGAUGGUGACCGUGAUCGGGUGGCGGGCGCUGUUCUACCUGCAGGGCGCCGUGGCUCUCGUGUGGUGCGUCCUGUGGCAGUUCCUGGUGGCGGAGAACCCUGCCAAACACCCACGCAUCACCACGCAGGAGAAAACGCACAUCACAUCGAGUAUUGGAGCACAGCACGCCUGGAGGGGACUGCCGGUGCCGUGGACCCAUAUAUUCAGAUCUCGUUACGUCUUCGCUGUCGUCUUAGCUGAGUUAGGCUUCUCAUGGGCGUGGUUCACCCUCCUCCACCACGCCCGCGAGUAUGCAGUGACCGUGUUGCAUGUCCCCGAUUACCAGGCACGUGUGGCUUGGGGCACGGCUCUCUUCGCCAUGUGGAUCAUCGCCAUAGUGUACGCCACGUUAACGGACUGGGUGAGGCGCACGAAUCGGCGGUCCACGGUGGUCGUGCGUCGGGCGGCCAACACACUCUGUGCUCUGGUGACAGCCGGAUGUCUCGUGGCCAUAGCGCAGUCCAAGUGUUCCCAGGUCGCUGUGCUAGUCUGGUGUUCUAUGGCCCUGGCCCUGGGCUUGUCGGCUUCCUUCUCCACCUUCCUGGCCAAUGGCAUCGAACUGGCACCCAACCACGCAGCCGCAAUCGCCGGCGUCAGUGGCACUGUUGGCGCGGCUGUGCAGGUGCUCUCGCCUCUGUAUGUGGCUUAUCUCACGGAUGGACAGGCCACCCUCGAGCGAUGGCGGAUGGUAUGGUACACGGCGGCCAUCGUGCUCGCGCUCACCAACUGCCUCAACUUCCUGAUGGUGUCGUCGAAGGAGCAGGUGUGGAACCGCCCCGUGGCCGUGCCCGUGUACCCGAAGCGCCAGUCGUCGUACCUGGCCACGCGGCGCACGAGGCUGUCGCCGCCGCCCCGCCCCGGCCCGUCGGCGGCGCGGGGGAACAAGAACCCGGCCUACGUGUUCACCGAGGAGUUGUAGGGCGGCGCUGAAGGAGGGAGGGGUGGCCCGCCCCUCCGCUUGUGGCUCUACCUCACGUGCGUCCUCCUGAGUGGAACAAAGACUUUCGUAGAAGGAUUAUCGCUCCUGGAAAGACAUUCGAGAGAUGCAACCGCCGUCUUCUUGCGCGAAGGAAAGAGGCUUCCGUUUUCUUCUCGACGGGAAGAGCGACAAAGGUUUUUGUGCCAUGAAAUGAAACUCAUAUUUUGAACUAUUGUUGUUCACUGACUUAUUACACUCGAAAGAGAGACUUCAUAUACCACUGACAAUGUGUCUAAUACUUCAUUGUAAAUCUCUUUACACUUUAGUCAAUUUAAAGACACGUAAGUUUUUAGUCCUUAAGCUAUUACUUUUAUGAAUGCAAAUACAGAAUUUCUGAAUAAAUAAAAAAAUAAUAAUAAAUAAAUGAAAUACACUUUUUCGAGAAUAGAUGAUAAAGUAUAUAAAACAAAAUCUCCGAAUUAAAAAUCAAAUGACAUACCUUUACAUCGAGAUUCGACCCUAAAAAACGGGGGAAAAGCUUUGUUCUUAACCAUAAUACACUUAAUUCGACACUUGGCAACUCUCUCGGCUUCAGACCGACUGUAUUCAGAGUCGCGCUGAAGGCUGAAUCCCCGCACUGCAGUGGUCAAAAGAAAAGGCCAAGAGUCCUUAUUCUCGCUGCGUUGCCACUCAGCAUCUUGCUGCCCAAUGCUGUGAUGCUGCGUUCUUACCAAGAUGGCAUUUUACCGCGCUGUUCGAGCCGGUUGACUGUGAUAAUGUAAUAUAUAUAUACAGUAUGCUGUAACAAAAAAACAAACUUAACCAGUACAGAACUUGCGAAAGAGUUCUGAAGGCGCUGUAAAUGCUUCACUAAAAAGGCCUUUUUUGUCAUGAUUACAUGUUAAUUUCUUGAGUCAGUCAUGGUCUGAUUUCUCUAAAUGUGGCAAACUAUUUUUCUUUUGUUUUUGAAGUCUCUUCUUACGUUUCGGUUUCCCCUUCUCUCCCCAAUGCCAUAACUUGGGGAAAAGUCGUUAGUGAUGAAUGGUUUGGUAAAUUUAAAUGUAUAGAGAAAUAUAAAAAAGAAAAAUAAACUAUAAUACGUUGAUUUUCAUUACGUUUGCCUGAAUUUCCCCCGAUUAAUUGCAGCUGAAUAAAUGGCUGUUGAACAAACACACAUGCACACACACACACACACACACACAAACACACACACACACACACACA